UAAUUAUAAUUUUAUAACUUAUUGUGAUUUAAUUCUUUUAAUAUUUUAAUUUUUCAGUGGGUGCACGAGGAAGAGACGGCAAAAUCAUACGAAUUACACGGGACACUGAGACUUCUACAUCGACUCCGAUGAAUCCCCCAGAGAGGAUUCGACCGACAGCUUCAAGGAGAAGAAGACGUAUGAUUAUUGAAGAUGAUGAUGAGGGACAUAAUGAUCAGGGGGCGCCUUCUACAGUGCAUGAGGAAGAUGUGGUACAUGGGCAGGUGGAUGUACAUGAGCAUAUGGUGCACGAGCAGGUGGAUGUACAUGAGCAGGAGGAGGCUGCACCUGCUCAUGAGGGAUAGCAUAUGGAGGAGGAACAUGAUGGAGCUGAGGGACCUGGUGAGCUCACACGGUAUCCUGGAGGACCUUAUGAUUUGUCUGUCCUUACACGAUACCGUUAUCAUGUUUCAGCUAGACUAUGGUUUGGCGAGAUGGCAUUCUGAGACAUCGUCAUUUCACAUGCCAUUUGGUGAAAUGACGAUUACUUUGGAUGAUGUUGCCAAUCUUCUCGGAUUGCCUAUUAGGGGUGAGUUCUACAGUCCACCCGAUGUAGAUAGAGUAACGACAUGUAAUCUUGCCGUCCAUCUAUUAGGAGUGACCACGGAAGAGAUCUGGGAGGAGACCAGAAAGACUAGAGGUGCACACUAUAGAUUGGAUUGGUUGAAGGAGGUGUUCAGAAGGCAGUGUGCAGCAGAGAGGUUUGACUGUGCUGCUAGGGCAUAUCUGUUGAAUUUAGUCGGGAGUACUAUUUUCGCUGAUAAGAGUCAUACUCUAGUUGAUGCGAAGUACCUCCCUUUAUUCAGAUAUUUAGAUGGUAUAGAUAGAUAUGCAUGGGGUACUGCUGCACUAGUGGUCCUUUAUGACUACCUCUCAGAUGCCUGCUAUUAUGACACCAAACAGCUAGGUGGAUAUAUGACGUUGCUUCAAAUAUCAAUUAUAUUUUAG